AUGGAUCCAAUAACAGCAUCAGCGCAUGGCCUUUCACUCCCACCUCCAUUUCAUACCAGAGAUUUCACUCUGCAACACCACCAAUUUCACCACCAGAAUUCAGAAGAUGAUGAAAGCGGCACGAGUGGUCUAAACAUGGGACAGAACCGAGAUCCUGACGAUAUCGUAAACUCCGGCGAAGGCAGAGAAAGUUGCGCAGAAACUGGUGACGGCGACAUGACAAGGAGGCCCCGGGGAAGACCCGCCGGAUCAAAGAACAAACCCAAGCCACCGAUCAUCAUCACUCGUGAUAGUGCCAAUGCCUUGAGAACCCAUGUCAUGGAGGUUUCAGAUGGGUGCGAUAUCAUGGAGGGCAUAGCGAAUUUUGCUCGAAGAAGACAGAGAGGGGUCUGCAUUAUGAGUGGCAGUGGCACUGUAACUAAUGUAACCCUAAGACAACCGGCCUCACCUGGUGCAAUUGUGAAUUUACGUGGGCGAUUUGAGAUCUUAUCCUUAUCUGGGUCUUUUCUGCCACCACCAGCGCCACCAAUCGCGACCGGGCUGACUAUAUACCUAGCCGGAGGACAAGGGCAAGUGGUGGGUGGUGCCGUGGCUGGGGUGCUUCUGGCUUCAGGUCCGGUGGUGAUUAUAGCUGCCUCAUUUAGUAAUGCUGCAUAUGAGAGGCUUCCAUUAGAAGAGGAAGAGAAUUCUCUUCCAAUUGAAGAUGGUUCUCUUGGAUCUCCAGGAGGGUUGGGACAGCAACAACAUCCACUAUUGACAGAUCCAUCACUAUUCCAUGGCAUGUCGCCUAACCUUCUCAACUCCAUUCAAUUGCCAGCUGAAUCUUAUUGGGCCACCGGUCGUCCACCAUACUAGCUGAGAAACUAAUCAUCCGAGUGUUUCUUUUGCUCCAUGUUGACUUGGAGGAGGCCACCGGUUUAAGUCGUGAAAAUAACAUUUCUAUUUACAUGAUCAAGAUUGUAUGCAUUCAAUCUUUUUUAAACUCUGUAAUGACGAAAGCCUCAUUGUGUACGCUCUUUGCUAUUUACCAUCUUUUAGCUCACCAAGAACUCGUAGCAAUAUUUUUAGGAAGAAGAACUUUGGUUUAUUGAGAUUUUCAGGUUGAUUCGUUUCCUCUCUCUCCAUCUUUCUUUAUAUUUUAUGUUAGUUUUUUGUUAGAAGUUUG